GCAGUUUCCUUAACAACAGACUUUGGCUUCCGUGGUCACUGUGAGUCGAUACGACAACUAUUUUUUCUGUAAUAUUAUGCAAUAAUUAACUAUUUACUUGAGGAGGAAUGCCAGUGAAGUCGACCAAAACAAAAGGGGGUUCCACCCAAGGUGGAAGCCAAGCUGGUGGAGCCAGUACCCUAAAGGUUAAUAAAGCCAGAGCACCAGCAAAGGGCAAGAAGGAUGAUGAUGACGCCACAGAGGCGGGAGAACAUGGCGGUGAGGAGUGGAUGCAGACAAAGUCUCUGAUAAAGCCAGAUGAUCAGCUGGAGUUGAAUGAACAAGAGCUGAAGGAAGAGUUCACCAGGAUCCUAACUGCCAACAAUCCUCAUGCUCCACAAAAUAUCGUCAGAUACAGCUUCAAGGAUUGUUCCUUCAAGCAAACGUCCCACGUGGACCAACUGGCCAUCCAUUUCUCGCUUGAUGGUAACAUGAUCCACAAGGAUUCCGAUGAAGCCAGGAGACAACAGCAAAGACAUAAUGCUUCUGAAGUUGGUCUUUUCUUCAAACGUUGGAGUGGCGCUAUCAGUGAACAGGCGAUUAGCGAAGCUGGCGAGGAGAAGAAGGAGGAGGACGGUGAUCAGAAGACAGAAGAGGGUGAUAAACAAGAGGAAGGUUCGGAGCCCAAGGAAGGUGAGAAGAGGGACGAAGAGGCCACACCCGCUCCCGGCGAGGCCAAGUCGGAUCAGAAACUGACCAAUCAGUUUAACUUCAGUGAGAGGGCCUCACAAACAUACAACAACCCAUACAGGGAAAGAGGAACACAGACUGAGCCGCCACCCCGGGCUAACUUCUCAUCCACCGCGAACCAGUGGGAGAUAUAUGAUGCAUAUAUGGAUGAUCUUGAGAAACAGGCUGAGGAGAAGGCCAAGGAGAAGAAGGCCGCACCAACCAAGAAGGAUGAGGAUAAGAAUAAGAAGAAGCUGACGGCCCUUGAGACCCAAUCAGACGAUAUGAGUCGCAUUGCUGGGGCUUGUAAGAUCAUUGAGAGGAUGGUGAAUCAGAACACUUUUGAUGAUGUUUCACAAGAUUUCAAGUACUACGAGGACCUCUCCGAUGAGUUCCGAGACCAAGAAGGAACUCUUUUGCCCCUCUGGAAGUUCUCCUACGACAAGUCCAAGCGCUUGGCCGUCACUUCAGUUUGCUGGAAUCCUAAGUAUAAGGAUAUGUUUGUCGUAGCCCAUGGAUCAUACGACUUCAUGAAGCAGUCUCGUGGCAUGAUCCUGUGUUACACCCUCAAGAACCCGUCAUUCCCAGAGUACAUCUACCCUGCUGACAGUGGCGUCAUGUGCCUUGAUGUCCAUCCUGAGCACCCGUACCUGAUCUGCGUUGGCUACUAUGAUGGCUCGGUUGGAGUCUACAAUGUGACGACUACAGAUGCCAACCCCGUCUUUCAAAGUACAGCCAAGACGGGAAAGCACACGGAUCCAGUUUGGCAGGUGGCCUGGCAGAAGGACGACUUGGACAACAAUCUCAACUUCUUCUCUGUAUCAUCUGAUGGACGAGUGGUCGCUUGGACAUUAGUCAAGAAUGAAUUGACGUACACUGAUGUGAUUCAGCUACAGCUUGAUGCCGCUCCUCAAGAUGGACCCGAAGGCACACAGCUUACCCCUCUUGGUUGUGGGACAUGCUUUGACUUCCACAAGCAGACAGACUACCUGUUCCUCGUUGGCACGGAGGAAGGCAAAAUCCACAAGUGCUCGAAGGCCUAUUCCAGUCAGUUCCUGGACACCUUCGAGGCCCACCACAUGGCCGUCUACAAGGUGAUGUGGAAUCCCUUCCAUCCAAAGAUCUUCAUCUCCUGCAGUGCGGACUGGAGCGUCAAGAUCUGGGACCACACUUACAGAAAUGGUCCGAUGUUCACCUUUGACCUUGGAAGUGCAGUGGGCGACGUAGCCUGGGCGCCAUAUUCCUCCACAGUCUUUGCAGCAGUUACGGCAGAUGGCAAGGUCCAUGUCUUUGACCUCAAUCUCAAUAAAUACGAGCCGAUCUGCGAGCAGGCAGUGGUGCAGAAGAAGAAGACCAAGCUGACUCACAUCACCUUCAACCCCAACUUCCCCAUCGUGCUGGUGGGCGAUGACCGGGGCUACGUCUCCAGUCUCAAGCUCUCGCCCAACCUCAGGAAGGUUCCCAAGGACAAGAAGGGUGCCGCCCUCAACCACGGCCCCGAGGCUGAGAUCGCCAAGAUGGACAAGCUUCUGGCUCUGGUCAGAGAGCCACCCAAGGAUAACAAAAGCUAAGAGGACACCUAGAGCAAUUUAAUGACUGGGUACAAAAAAAAAAUGGGGGCAAUUGUCUGGCCAAACCUAACUUUAAAUUAUAGAUUACAGCACAAAUUCAUCAUUUCACUGUUCUCCAUAUAUUGAGAUUUUGUAAAAAUGGAAAUUGUUUCAUGGAGCACUUUGCCAUUUGACAUCUGUUAUAAGCUACUGAAAUCCUUGCUUUUGAUUGGCUAAGAGCAAAUUGUGACAAUGGAUAUCACUGACAAGAUGCUUCAUAAAAUGCUUCUUGGUGUCACCUUUGGGACCCAUUGGGAGUAAUUGCAGACUACUGUCUGGUUUUAUUAGAUCCAUCCAAAGGGGAUUGAAACUGAAGCUUGUCAGUAAGCACCCUGGCCCGUCUUCUGAAUUCAGGUUUAACUUAGACCAUGGUCUAAAUCUGUGCUAUGGAAAGCUAAAAAUGUCAAAAUUUCACUUACAUUGUAUGUUUUUUGUAAGUUUACUGUGCUCUUUAUUAAUUCGUGAAUGGUGAAGAAUACUAUCUUAUUUAUCCUUCCGAAACAGUUAAGGAUGAUUUGAGAGAAAAAUAAGCUGAUACAUUGAAAUUCUACUGUUAGAGAUUAAUGCCACUAUUGGCUAUCCAUAGUUAAACCACAACUUUAAACCAGAGUUGAAAUGAAACCCAACUUCAAAAUACUGGUCCAUAAGUACAGGUGUGGUUAUAUGCUAUUUCCCAAAUCGCAAUCUGAAGCCUAUUCUUUGUCUUUGGCUUUUUUUAUAAGAAAUACUAUGAAAUCACCACUCCAUGUGAUUAUGUCAGUGGAAGAAUGGAUUAAAAUACCAACAUGUCACUAUCUAUCGACAUAACAUUUUCUCCACUCCACCAUUAUCUCAAAAUUCAUGAUCUUUACUUCAACUUCAACAAUACUUUGCUUCUAUUUUUCCAUUUUUUUUUCGUGAAAAGAAUUUACGACGCCUCUGUAUUUCAACUUCCAAUAUAUAUUUUUUUUUUCCUAAUUUCGAUACAAAGGAAACAUGUGGCCUUUCUCAAUCUUUCAAUUUUACUGAUAAGGAAAUUUGUUGUACAUAUGUAUAUUUCUAAAGUGUGUAUGAAUAUGAAGGAAAAGGUUACAUUGUUCACUU